CGGAAGGCAAACAAAAAAGAAGAUCAAGAAGAAGAAGCCGCCCUUCUGUGCAGACACAAACAAAUAACUGAAGCUACUUACAAUAUGUCGAUUGUUUUUGUGCCAAAGAAACUACGAGGAAAGGCGAAAAUCAACCAGGAGACGAUACAGAGGCUGCUGGAUGAAAACGACCAGUUAGUAAGAUGCAUCACUGAAUACAUGCAGAAAGGACGAGCAGUGGAGUGUGUACAAUACCAGCAGAUCCUGCACCGCAACAUCGUCUAUCUGGCAACCAUAGCCGACGCCUCCCCCGACAACAUACCUCCCUCUUCAAGUGUAAAGACAAGCCACACGUUGCAUGACUCACCACUUCUACAUCUAGUGACACUUCGGCACCAACACCGGCCAUGAGUGGGCGUGAAGGGACGCGAUGAUUGCACCUCCCGUGGGUGCAUUUUGGAUGGGGCGUGUGCUCUGUGACAUUAUUGAGAAUGAUUCUAUAGCACAAGGUGAUGUAUUUAUUGUUUUGUUAAUACAGUAACGUGAUCCUUUCAGGGGUCACGGUUGCAGUGUAGUGUUGGAUGUUUAUGUACAAAUAGAGACUGUAUUAUCCACCACAAUGUGGUUUGUCAUUCACAGUAAAGUACAUUAAAACACUUUUUAUACUUUUGUUAUAA